GGCUGCAAACAAGAAUAAAAAAAUCCUAUCCCAAUCAUCUUCUCUAUGACAAACCCAUACCACGCACAACCCUUCGAUCAUUUGUGUUCUUCCUUCAAUACUCUCGGCGCCGUUAAUCUUCGAUCAACCAGGUUGAGGAUUUGCAGUUGUCUGUGUAUGUAAUCUACACGAUGUUGGUUAGUUUAUUCUUUUUUAAUUUUGCUGAUACACUGUUUCACUCGACCUUCAUUCCAUGGAUCUCAUCAUCUGCUAUCUGUCUCCAAUCUAAUUAUCCAGGCUGGGUUUUGAAGGGGAUCAUAACAAAGGGAUUCUUUCAAGUUCGUCAAUUUUGAAUGUAAGUAAUAUAUCUAAUUUCUUGUCUGCAUAAAAAGAGAUGCAAGUUGAUUCUCUUAUUUUAUCUAACUAUGGUGAAAAAAAGAAAUGUCUUUCUGUCUAAUAAGCAAUCACUGAAAGGUACCAAGUUGUUGAAAGGGCAUGAAACUCUGAUCGGCGUGCCGAAUUUGUAUACAGAUGAUGCUUAUCAAAAGGAACUUGAGCAUAUUGAGAAGGUUUUUGUCCCCUUGGUUGAAAAAUGCAAGAAAUACGGAAGAGCAAUGCGCAUUGGAACAAAUCACGGGAGUCUUCCAGAUCGUAUCAUGAGUUACUAUGGUGAUUCUCCUAGGGGAAUGGCUGAAUCUGCAUUUGAGUUUGCAAGAAUCUGCAGGAAAUUAGACUUCCAUAACUUUGUAUUUUCAAUGAAAGCAAGCAAUCCUGUGAUUAUGGUUCAAGCAUAUCGUCUUCUUGUAGCUGAAAUGUAUGUUCAGGGUUGGGACUAUCCUUUGCAUUUGGGAGUCACCGAAGCUGGUGAGGGUGAAGAUGGACGUAUGAAAUCCGCAAUCGGUAUCGGGACACUUCUUCAGGAUGGUCUUGGUGAUACUAUAAGAGUUUCGCUUACCGAACCUCCAGAGGAGGAAAUAGACCCGUGUAGGAAAUUAGCCAAUCUUGGUAUGAAAGCAUCCCAAAUUUUACAAGGGAUGGCACCAUUUGAAGAGAAACAUCGAUGCUAUUUCGAUUUUCAAAGGAGAACUGGUGAUUUACCUGUGCAGAAGGAGGGUGAAGAGGUGGAUUAUAGAGGUGUACUCCACCACGACGGUUCUGUUCUCAUGUCUGUUUCUCUGGAUCAACUCAAGACACCUGAACUCUUCUAUAGAUCACUAGCUGCAAAACUUGUGCUUGGUAUGCCAUUCAAGGAUCUUGCAACUGUAGAUUCUAUCUUAUUGGGAGAGCUUCCACCAGCAGACGAUAAAGAUGCUCGCCUAGCUCUUAAAAGGUUGAAUGAUGGACCUGAGUUGCAAUAAUUUGACCGGUCAAAUUCCUCCGAUCCUUGGAAACUUGACUUAUACUGAAAAAUUGUAUCUCCAUAACAACAAGUUGACAGGAUCCAUUUCUCCUGAGCUCGGGAAUAUGUCGAAGCUCCAUUACCUGUAUACACGCUUCCAUCCAUUCACUACAUGCAGUUUACAGUUUAUAUUGGAAUCUCCCCCAAUAUUUCUAAAGAUUGGGGACUGAACCUUCGAAGAAACAACUUGUAGAUUUUCUAAAGAUUACACAAGUUGACUUGCAAACCAAACAAAUGGAGUGCACGUUGGCAAGAGAGAAGUUGACGUUGAGCAACAUUCCUCUGGUAAUGUCAGUUGCGCAAAAAUAUAAACACAUGGGAGCAGAUAUGUAUGAUCUAAUUCAGGGCGGUUUAAUUGGACUACUUAGAUGGAUAGAGUAAUAUGAUUCAUCUAGGGGGCACAAGAGUUCUACAUAUGUUUAUUGGUGGAUACGACAGAUUUGAAGACAUGGGUCGCGCGAAAAUAGCCAUGGAACCGAUUCAAAACGACAAGAAACGCAAGAUCACAUUCAACACGAGAAAACAAGGGCUCGUCAAGAAAGCCCGAGAGCUCGCAACCCUUUGUGAUGUCGAUGUCUCCAUGAUCAUCUCCACUGAUGAUCAAGAAAUCACCCCACAAAUCUUCCCUCCGGAUUCUGAUCAACCGUUUGAUCGAUUUGUAUAAACAUUGUACAAACCCAGUUAACCAAUAUGUUUUAUUGGAUUUCCUCAUGGAUAGGAAGACCAAGAUGGAAGAAGAACUCGUUAAGGCGAAAAAGAAGAACGUGGAGGCUAAGUAUCCUUCUUGGUUUGAUUUCUUGGAUAGUUUACCCGAAGCGCGAUUGAGGGAGUUCGCGCUACGGUUGGAAAAUAAAAUAUUUGAUGUGAAAAACCGAAUUGAGUAUGUUAAGAAUCGUGAUCAGUACCCGUGUUAUCCGGGUCCAGUCAACUUUGGUUUUGAUCCCGUUGGAGUUGAGAGUAACCCGAUUAUGCAGUUGUCGAAUUGUAAUUCGAUAAACCCAGUUAUCAUGCCAUCGGUGUAUCCUAACUCGCUGCUGAAUAUGAUGUUGAAUGAAGAUGAUGGUGUCAUUUAUGAUGGCGAAAUAUCGAGUCUUGAACCUCCAUCAAUGGAGCAUUGUUUUCUGCCCGAGUUAUGGCAGCAGUUCUUGAUGUCCGGUUUACCUUCACAUGUGAAUGAUACAGCAGCAAACGGUACUGGAGUCUUUGAUUACUUUAAGUAGUACAUUAAAAAUAUAUAUACAACAGCUAGUUGGGUU